UGUCAUUGAAUAUUUAUGGAGUUGGUCUUAUAUAUACAUCUGCAACACUGGCUGCUGCAACUACAAACUGCCUUCCUGUCAUUACUUUUUUCCUUGCAGUUUUGUUCAGGUUGGAAAUGGUGAAAUUGAGGACAAUUCCUGGGCUUGUUAAGAUUGCAGGCAUAAUAAUCUGCAUGUUGGGAGCAGCCACCAUUGCUUUCUAUAGAGGUCCCUACUUGAAACUAAUGCUGCAUCAUCACCUCUUUAGACACCACACCCAACAACAUCAAGUUUUUGUUCCUUCUAGCAAAACUUGGGCAAAGGGUGUCUUCCUGAUGCUCCUUUCCAAUACCUGUUGGGGUUUGUGGCUUGUAUUACAGGGUCGAGUUCUAAAAAUCUAUCCUUCGAAACUUCUCUUAACAACUCUGCAGUGCUUUUUAAGCACCAUUCAGUCAUUUAUCAUUGCCAUUUCAUUGGAAAGAGACCCUUAUGAAUGGAAGCUUGGCUGGAACGUUAGACUCCUCUCCGUAGCCUACUGUGGAGUUGUGGUGACUGGUGUUACAUUCUACUUACAAGCAUGGGUGAUUGAGAAGAAGGGACCGGUGUUCCUAGCCAUGUCCAUGCCCUUGACCUUGAUUUUCACCAUCAUCUCUUCCGCUUUACUCUUGGGAGAAAUAAUUAGUUUAGGAAGUGUUUUUGGAGGAAUUUUGUUGGUGGGAGGGCUAUAUUGUGUACUGUGGGGCAAGAGUAAAGAACAGAAGAUGGAUGAUGCUAUUUGUUCAAGAAUUGAGGCUGAGAAAGAAUUUUCGGUGCCCAAAAAGUCAGUAGAAAGCCAGAAUCCAUUACCAUUACCUGUGUGAUAUAAACUCUUGUGUUCAAACGAUAUUCUCAUGUACCAAAUAGGGAUGUUAAUCUCAAGUAGAUGGGAAUUGUAUUGUUUUAUUGAAGGAA